UAGCUUUCACCUGGAUUCACCUGGUCAGUCUAUGUCAUGGAAAGGGCAUGUGGUCUUCAUGUUUUGUCCACUCAUGGCAAUGUAUGUUAACCCAAGUUAUGUCAGUGUCUGUUAACCCAAGUCAUGUCAGUGUCUGUUAACCCAAGUCAUGUCAGUGUCUGUUAACCUAAGUAAUGUCAGUGUCUGUUAACCCAAGUCAUGUCAGUGUCUGUUAACCCAAGUCAUGUCAGUGUCAGUUAACCCAAGUCAUGUCAUUGUCUGUUAACCCAAGUCAUGUCAGUGCCUGUUAACCCAAGUUAUGUCAUUGUCUGUUAACCCAAGUCAUGUCAGUGUCAGUUAACCCAAGUCAUGUCAUUGUCUGUUAACCCAAGUCAUGUCAGUGUCAGUUAACCCAAGUCAUGUCAUUGUCUGUUAACCCAAGUCAUGUCAGUGUCUGUUAACCCAAGUCAUGUCAGUGUCUGUUAACCCAAGUCAUGUCUCUGUCUGUUAACCCAAGUUACGUCAGUGUCUGUUAACCCAAGUCAUGUCAGUGUCUGUUAACCCAAGUCAUGUUACACAUUCAAGCAUACAGAAUAUCUAGGCUACAUUAUAACACGUAUUUUCUGAAUUAUAGAAAAUGAGUAGGCGAGUAGACUACCUUGACCAGCUUAAUAAUCGCCCAUGCAAUUAGUUGUCCUGGCCAUCAUUGCCAUGCUUACAGUGCAACACGGUACAGCCCAAGGCUGUAUGCAUUGUAAUGCAGUGUCAACAUAGACAGGAGCUGAUAAAGAGAUUUCAGGAGAAGUUAGAGGCUCGAGGCACUAUCUAUCCCUUACAUUGUAGUGCGCUACAUAGGCAAUAGGGUGCUAUUUGGGGCAGAAGGGUGCUAUUUGGGGCAGAAGAUGUCAGCGUGCGCACACUGUAACUACUAACUCCUCCAUACCGUAAUUUGUCCAUUUUCCGCUGCAGCAGAGCAGUCACAGAGUCAGAGCGAUGCAAGUUUUAGCGCCUGACGGGCAUUCUGAGGUGGCAGGCUAGGGGGGGGGGGCAGAACCUGUGGUGGUGCCAUGGGUGUAGAGGACGGGGCAGUGGCACUACAGUGACCCGAUGGGCGGAGUGGCAGAGAACGAUAGAAGUGCAGGACUGGCAGGGUGCGGUCUCGAGUGGCAACUGAUCGCUCGGUUUCCCUCAAAUUCCCAAUUCAAUUGGAAAGGCAAAGCGGAAGCAUGCCCCAUUGAGAAGAAACCUUUGGAGUCCGGGGACAAACAGACAAGAAGGAGAAACCCCAGAACCAUCAGUGUUCCUCCUCGUUGGACAUUGACAGCUCUUCAGUGGCAAACCACAGCAUCAAGAAGACAAUCUGCGACCACUGCUCACUAAAGAAGAUCGACUUUGAACCUUUUUGUUUAAAUAAACUGACUUUACAACUCCAUGCCCAUAUCUGUUGAGUCCCGACGAGAAGAAAGAAGUUACAGUUAUUCGCAGCUUUUGGACAACACCGGACGCGGACGACAGAGACAUUGAACCUUUACCCCGCUGUCUUUCCAUAAAACGCAUUCGGCUAAGUUAAUGUAUUUUUUGGCUUUUACGGACAGUUGCUGUGCGCACGGAUGAUGGCGUGGAUUAGUCCGAUACAAUAUUAAAGAUUCUGGCCCCUACCCCCCAUCCCUUACCCCGUGGGGGGAACAAGAAGCAUCCAGGGGGAGGGGGUAGCUUGAGACACCACGGCGACCGGUGCCACCUUACCACUCCGCAUCGGAGUGCCCGGCCCGGCCGGUCUGGUUGGGAUGCGUCUCUCCGUGCUUGUGGGCCUCUUCAUCGGGUGCGCCCUGCUUCUCGCACCUGUAACCGAGGGAUGUGGGCCGGGGAGGGGAUAUGGCAAGAGACGUCCGCCGAAGAAGCUCACACCCCUCGCUUAUAAGCAGUUCAGUCCAAACGUUGCGGAGAAAACACUGGGCGCCAGUGGCAGACACGAAGGGAAAAUAACGAGAAAUUCAGACCGCUUCAAAGAGCUUAUACCCAACUAUAACCCUGAUAUCAUAUUUAAAGAUGAGGAGAAUACGGCUGCCGAUCGACUUAUGACCCAGCGUUGUAAAGACAAGCUGAACUCCCUGGCCAUCUCUGUGAUGAACAUGUGGCCUGGGGUGAAGCUGAGAGUGACAGAGGGCUGGGACGAGGACGGACACCACUCAGAGGACUCCCUCCAUUAUGAGGGACGGGCGGUGGACAUCACCACCUCAGACCGGGACAGGAACAAAUACGCCAUGCUGGCUCGCCUGGCCGUGGAGGCUGGCUUCGACUGGGUCUAUUACGAGUCCAAGGCCCACGUGCACUGCAGUGUCAAGUCAGAGCACUCCGUAGCAGCUAAGACCGGGGGUUGUUUCCCGGGUCGUUCUCUGGUCACCCUGGAGGACGGGAGCAGAAGGGCGGUGCAGUACCUCCGGCCAGGUGACCGGGUCCUGGCCUCCCCAGGGGCUGACGGCAGGGGGAGCGCAGGAGAGCUCGUCUACAGUGAGUUCCUCACCUUUCUGGACCACGAGCCUGCAGUGAGGAAACAGUUCUACGUGUUGGGAACAGAGACGGGAGCAAACCUGACCCUCACUGCGGCUCAUCUUGUGUUUGUGACCGAGAGGAACUGUUCAGUGGGGGAAUCGUUCAACGGGGCUGUCAUGCGGACUAUGUACGCCAGCGACGUACGGCCAGGGCAGUGUGUGCUGACUGCAGGUGGAGCAGGGGGAGACAAGGGACCACAGGCCCACCUCUCCCCAGUCGCCUGGGUCCAUAUCCAGGUGGACACCGGGGCCUUCGCCCCCCUGACAGGCCACGGCUCACUGGUGGUGGACGGUGUCUUAGCCUCGUGCUACGCUGCUGUGGACCAGCACCACCUAGCCCACUGGGCCUUUGGUCCCCUUCGUCUGCUGUACAGCUGGACUGGGCUUGGGACUAUGAAGGGAGAUGGACUACACUGGUACUCACGGGUCCUGCAUUGGAUAGGAACGUUCCUACUGGACCCUGGACACUUCCACCCCUGGGGGAUGGUCACGCAUGAUGUGGAGAGAUAGAGAGAGAGAACAGAGAGACAGGGUAGAGAAGAGAGAGAACAGAGAGACUGGGUAGAGAA